GGGAAAAGUAGCAGGAACUCUUUUCUACUACACACCUCUCAGCCUAUUGAUCGUCUUGCCCUGCAUUGCUGCAUCCCUUCAUCCUCCCCCGCACGCAUACCACCAAUCAGUACACAAUGCUCGACAUCAAGCAGGCUGACAAGGCUGUUAAGGCCCUCCUCGGAUAUGUUGAGAAGAAGGGACAGGCCAAGAGCCAACUCAUGGAGGAGGACCAGCAUGUCUGGUUGAUUAUCGCCACCAAGAAGUUUUCCGACGAGAGUAAAGCAAAGCCCCAUCGAAUCCCACUUAAGCACUCGAUCGCUGCACCAGAUGCGGAGGUCUGUCUGUUCGUCAAGGAUCCUCAGAAGGACUACAAGCGCUUGCUUGAGGAAAAGAAUGUCAAGGGCGUCAGCAGAGUCAUUGGCGUCUCAAAGCUUCGUGCCAAGUAUAAGCCUUAUGAGGCCAAGCGCCAAUUGUGCGCCUCGUACGGAAUGUUCUUGGCAGAUGCUCGCGUCGUCACAGUCCUGCCCAAAUUGCUCGGCAAGACCUUCUUCCUCAAGAAGAAGCAGCCCAUUCCUGUGGACAUGACCAAGGGCGACCUCAAGAAGGAGAUUGCAAGAGCUAUCGGAUCAACGUACAUGCACCUCACCUCUGGAACAUGCACUGCUAUCAAAAUUGGAUUGACGAGUCAGAGCGCGGCCGAGAUCACUGCUAAUAUUGAGACCGCCAUCCCUCAUAUCAUCGAAAAGAUUCCUCGUAAAUGGAAGAACGUUCAGGCUAUCAACUUGAAGACAAACGACUCAAUCGCUCUCCCUAUCUACAAUUCAUUGCCAGACGAGGGCACCACCCGCAUCGUUGUCCCAGGAAAGAAAAACGCGUCAGUAGUGGAUGUGGAUGAGGAGGAUGAGGAUGAGGACGAGGAAGAAGAUGAGGACGAGGACGAGGAGUAAAAGUUUACGUUUUUUUUUUCCAAUCCCUGUCACCGACUCUAUGCAACGCAUGAUUUUCCUUUUCUUGCAUUCUUCACUCCACGCAUUGUUACAAUAUUGUAUAUCUCUUUUUUUUUUUUUGUCCAAGAAAAAAAGAAGGGGAAAGGGGAGAACAGGUGCGGUGCAGUACGGUGGAUGCAUUUGUGUCAAGUCGUUUUUUUCUUUUUUGCAUUUUAAUAAACAUAUCAAUCUCAUCGGCAUCUUCAAAUUUUC